AUGCUGGAGACACACCUCCUCUGAAGAGACGCGAGACGCUCUGUGGUCGUUAAGCUGGUAACUAGGUUACUCGGUAACUAGGUUACUCGGUAACUACUAGACAUUACUCUCUCUUCUGAGAUGCCUGUUUCAUGAGGUGUUAAGAAGACAGAGUGAUAACAGUCUCACAACAGGAAGCUAUGUCCUCGGCCAAGGAAGACACGUUGUCCCCAGAUGAGCUGAGGAAAAGACUCUAUCAAACCUUUAAAAGCAAAGGAGUGCUUGACACACUCAAAACACAGCUGCGGAAUCAGCUCAUCCAGGAGCUAAAACACCCACCUUUGACUGGAGGAGGACCAGUUCCCAGACCAGUACCUGGGAAAUCUGAACCCCUUUUGGUCUCAGCCUGUAACAGCAUAGUGGCUGAUCAUCUCCGCGCCUCGGGGUAUGAGUACACCCUUUCUGUAUUCCACCCUGAAAGUGGCCUAUGCAAAGACAAGGUUUUCACGACAGGAGACCUUCUUCAGCUUCUAAAAAUCAGUCAUGAAUCAGCACUUUACAGAUCACUGUCUUCAAACAAAGAUCACAAUGAUAAAGCAGGGUUCCUGAUCAGCCUCUUAACACAGUUAACACACCAUUAUACUCACGGCCUGUGCCACGAUGCUGACACUCAGACAACCAGUACAGCAAGUUAUGGAGAGUCUCUUGUUGAGAAGAUGAAAAUGAUUGACAAGGAAUACGAGGGCUUAAAUCACAGCGGGGAGAAAUGGUUUUCAUUCCAGUCAAAACUGGCUCCAUAUAGAAAAGAAAUGGAAGCACAGAUGCAAGCAGAAAUGAACACAAAGAUGCAACAUUUUAAAGAUGUUGAAAUCGCCACUGUGAGGAUGGAAGAAAAAGCAAAAUUUCAUAAAGAAUUUGAUAAGCUGAAGCAAGAGCUGGAGAGGACUUACGAGAUGAAGGCGAAAGCGUUGAUGGAGCGGGAGAAAAAUGCCAUUGAUCGAUUACAAAAACAACAAGAGAUUGAAGACAAAAAUCUGUAUAUGCAGAGACAAUCGGUCCUGAAAGAAAUUGAAACAGUGCGGAACAGAGAGAACGAGCUGAGGAUGAGAAUGGAGGCUUUUGAAAAGACUUGUCAAAUUCACGAGGAAAAGGUCAAGACCACCGAAGAGCUGCUGAGGAGGAGAGAACUGGCAGUGAAGACGAUGGAGGACACACACGACCAAAGGCUGAAGAACGAACUCUCCAGGUAUCAGCUUGAGUUGAAGGAUGAAUUUAUCAAUAGAACAGAGAAACUAACCGAGAAUGAGACCAGAAACAAAGUGGAAACCGUUCGUAUCCAAAAGGAGUCGGCUGUAAUUGACGGCAAAUUAGAGGAGCACAGCAGAGCGUGUUCGGAGCUGAGACGGCUGCAGGUUGAGCUCGACACGGCACAGCAGCAGAUUUCUCUGCUGACUCAACAGAAGGAGCUGUUGAGGGAAAGACUUGAGACCGUGAGUGACUACCCCAGCUUGAAAAGAGAGAAAGCAGAGCUGCAGGGACAGCUGCGGCUGCUAAAGAAACAGCUGGAGGAGGCCCAAGAGGAGAACCGGCUUCUCCAUGCAGAUUUGGGCAAGCCGUCCAAGGAGCAGCUGGUCUUGCAGAUGGAUCUACGGAGGCUGCAGAGCGCUCGCAGUCUGGACGCGGAAGAGUUUGACAACCAGAAACAGGUGCUGCAGGCACAGCUCCAGAGUGAGGUGGAGCGGUGCGCUCAGCUCAAAGCUCAGCUGAUAGAGUGUGAGGAGAGGACACAGUGGAUGACUAACCACGUUGAGGAAAUUAAGAUGCAGCUUCGCCAAACUCAACAAGCUCUUGAAAAUGAAGUGCUGCGUAACCCCAAGCCCUCUCUUGUCGAUCGCUCAAUACUGGAGCUCAGCGCCGACAAGCUGGUUCCGCCUGACAUCUAUGUGGACAGAGCUCUGCUGAGGGCCGUGGUGGGUUAUGAUGAUGUUUGUGAAGCAGGUGGGCCUGUGCGAGGACACAAGUCGCCUUGGAGCGACACUCCGGACCCCGACAUGGAGCUGGUGGCCGUGGCCAAGGCUCGGAUCCAGGAGCUGCAGGAGGAGGCCGAGACCUUGGAGGAGGCCUACAGGAACUACCAGCAGAGGGCAGUGCUCUCCACCGUCUCACACAUGCUUCCCCCAAGACCUCUCUCCCCACAGCGAGCACAUCCUUCACAUCGUCCCGACUCUCCUCUAAGAAAACAAGUCUCUCACCGUUCACACACCCACUCACCCUACAAAUCACACAGACCACUGUCUCCACAAACUACCAGAACCCUCUCCUCGGCACCCUAUGACACCAGAAACACCGCCCCACCACCUGCACAACCCAGAGUGACCUUCUCAGAAGACAACAACCAACCCCAGUCCACAGUUUUCACUGACCACAGUCUCCAUUCAUUGACUGAAUCUCUGUUCCUAAGAGAUGGACACCCCCAGGACGCAAGCAGCCCUCCGUCCAGACGUCUGUCCUCCACACCGCGCUCUUCCUCCAGGAAGAAGCUUCAAAGAGAGAUUGCAGAAGAAGCACUCGGGUCUCCGACGGCGUUCCCGGAGUUGUCGUUUGACAGACAGCUCCCCCGUGACCUUGGCGACGAGGUGGCGACCUCAGGUGACUUUCCCUUUGAGCUCAGUCCACUUCGCAGUCCUCAGCUCAAGAGCACAGCACGAGACCAGUCCAGUCCACCAAAGCUGCACCCUGUGUUCUCCAGCUCGGACUCUUCCCCACAGCCUGAGAAAAUAAGCCUAGAAGACCUCACAGGGAUUAUGUCAGAGCCCGGCCACAUUCCAGAGCUUCUCCUGGACACUGCCGUCCCUCUCUCCGAGGAGGCCCCUGACGGCCCCGCUGUCCCCCGCCCACAGGACCUCCCAGAAGACCCGAUAGACUCGCAGGGCCAAGCGGAAGUCCCACAAGCAUCAGAUGAAUCUGCAAGGGAAGAAGAUGAGGAGGAUGAGCAGCAGAGGUGGGAAAGAGAGCGAAAGGAAAGACUCGAACGAAGGCAAAUGCAGCAAGAGGAAGCCAGAGAGCGGGAGCUGCAAGAACUUGAAAGACUGGAGAACGACAUGCUUUUGCAAGAGAUGGAGCAACCGGGACAGGAAAAAGAAGAAGAAGAAGAAACUGCAGUUAAGAAAGGAGGAGAUGAAGAGCAGAAGCAAGAGGCGGAUAAUGACGAGGAGGAGUCUAAAGGUGAAAAUCCAUUGGAGAAAUACAUGAAGAUGGUGCUGGAAGCAAGAGAGAAGCAGCAUGCGCAGAGUCCUGGAAGAGAAGAAGCAGCACAUACGAGCCCAGAGGCCAAGAGCUUGUCUGAGGAGAAAGACGACAGCGUUGCAGCGUAUUCACACAAGGAUGAAGAAGAUGAUUUCUGGUGAGCCGGUUGUCCCAGAGUGCUGUCAUAAACUGAUGAAUUAUACAAGCCUCUCUCGUCUUGUACUGUUUUUAACAAGUGUUGUUUUAUAUUUUAAGAUUUUGCUUUUCAGUAUGUAUAUUUGACACCAUCAACUGCAUAUGUUUGAAUAAAUCAUAUUGGAUUUU